AUGGAUCGACUGCCAGAAUUUGCAGCAUUCGAUUAUGCUGAUAAGGCCGACGCUGGACCGAAAUGGGAAAAAUGGACCCGACGUUUGGAGCUUUUGUUUACCGGCAUGAACAUCGACGACAAGGGGGGAAAGCGCGCCCUCCUUCUUCACUACGCUGGAGAAAGAGUGUUUGAUAUCUACGAAGCAGAGAAGGGAGACACAGCGCCAAAUUAUGCGGCCACAAAGCAAAUAAUUCAGAAUUGUCGCUCUAACAGACUGAGGCGAAGAGCGCUGCGGGAGCCUUACAUGAACUUAAAAACACUCCUAGAUCUAGGUCGUGCCCUCGAGGUUGCUGAGACUCAAGCGCUAACUAUGGAGGCCCAGAACGAACGUAACAGUGUAAACGCGAUGCAGAAGUCAUCUGACAAACACCGAAGCCGCAACCCGAGAAGUAAAGAACAAGUGACAAUCAAAGUACUGAAAAGAGUGUGCAGAGCCAAGAAACGCGCGUCAGGACAGCACAGAAAUUACAAACAUGUGCGCGAAGUUGAUUUCCGGCAUGAGGCUGAAUCAAGUGAGGAGGAAUAUAUGUACUCGAUUAAUGGCAAAAAGGGACCUCAGAAAACUCUUAAAGUAAAUGAUCAGACUACACAUGUGAAAAUCGGUAGUCCGAAGCUUGAGAAAGAGAGUAAUCCCGCACUUGCACCCUAUGGUGGAGGAAAGGAAUUGACUGUGUUUGGAAGCUGCCAGCUAACAGUCGAGUGGAGAGGAGUCGUACAACCUCACAAAUUCUAUGCUGUAAAAGGCAAUUAUGGAGCCCUACUAGGGUAUCAAACAUGUUUGUCGUUUGGACUUGUUCAAGUUGAUCAUCAACUGUCCCCUAUUGCUGACAGAUAUCCUGACCUGUUCGUUGGUAUAGGAAAACUCAAAGACAGAACUGUGCGAAUUCAUGUUGAUGAGUCUGUGAAACCCGUAGCUCAACGUAGUCGUCGAACACCAUUUCAUCUCAGACCGAAAGUAGAAGCUGAACUUCAGAAACUUUUGGUCGACGACAUUAUAGAGCGAGUGAAGGAUGAGCCUACACUCUGGAUUUCUCCUAUAGUUUGUGGUCCUAAGAAGAAUCCGGAAGAAAUCCGUGUUUGCGUUGACAUGCGAGAGGCCAAUAACCCAUAA